UCCAACAGUUGGCAACACUGAUUAAAUGGGCGUGGGAUAAAUUGUUUUCCUACCAGAAUGACAGGUGGAAUGAAUCACUAACCACCGACUUGUUUUGAUUACAGAUAACAAAACGAAAUAAUAAAUAAUAACAAGAUUUGCGAACGAAUUUUCAAACAUGAGCCGGGAACUCGAAAAGAAUAACUACCCCAAAGCCUCCAGUUAUUUGGUAAAUGGAGCCUUAAUUACGUACAUCGGAGGGAUGUUUUUAUUGAUAGCGUUCUGCAGUACAUAUUGGGUGAAGUCCUUCGAUGGAACCAACUCAGAGUUCAAACACAUGGGCUUGUGGGAGUACUGCUUCGAUGGCUUCAGAUAUCCUUACUACCCAUUUGAUAAAACAUUCACAGGUUGCAACCAUGUCUUCAGCCAAGAAUUCCAUGUAAUAAGGGCAUGGGUUUUGCCACCUUGGCUGAUGGUGGUGCAGGCGUUCGUCACCAUGUCGUUCCUGCUCAGUUUUGGGUCUCAGGCCGUGAUGGCCAUGCAGGUUUGCAGGUGGCCACUUGAGUUUGUGCUGAGAUAUGAGUGGAUCUUGUCAGCAAUUGAUUUUGUUUGUGUGGCAACAACUGCUGUAUUCAUGUUUCUGGCCGUGGCAAUCUUCGGUGGUUCCCACACGAGACGCGACUGGCUCAUGUACCCCAACUUCAACUACUUGUGCUGGUCAUACGGAUUAGCCUGCAUUUCAUUCUUUUUCCACGCCUUCGCCGCGUACGCUUUGUACAAAGAGGCCCGCUUCAGCUACGAACGCAGGAGGGAGUCCAAGAAUCUGAUCAUGCAGAUGCACCCCAACCCCCAACACCGCGUGGGGUGGCACUAAUUUAUUAGUACAUUGCUGGGAUUCAAAAUGACUCGAAUUUUUAAAAUUGGAUAUUAUUUGAAUGUGUUCAUAGUUAAGUCUAGGAUUUCAAUCCCAGUUCAGUCAUUUUUAAUGUUAAAUUUGUGCCUUCACUCACGUUCUAUAUUUUUAUAAAUGCUUGCAAUAUUAAAGGUCUGUUGUUUAGAUCUGGAUUUGUGUGAUACAAAACUGCACACGUAAAAUUAUCCGUCCGUUAUUGACUUAUUGUUAGAUAUUAAUAUAAAUUUUAGGAUUUUUUUAUAUUUAAGUACUAAUGUAUAGUUUUUUAUGAUUGGACAGUAUUUAUACAAAUUGAUUGUUGUAAAUUAAAUGCACACAAUAUAUUUAAUAAAUUUA